GUAUACGCCACUGCGACAGACUCCCACUCCCACCGCAGAGGUUGUGGCUACAGCGCUGGGCUGCGAUUGGUGGAAGCGGCCCUCUGCGGUCACGUGGUUCACGCCGCUUGUGCUUCCGGAAGAGCCACUGCUUUCCACUCGAGGGGACGAGGUGUUUGCCGCAGAAGCUCAAUUUGUUUUCGACGUCCUGCUCUGCUCCACGGGCGGCACCUGCAAGGUGGAACACGAUGUCGCGGGGCAGUUUGUGGAAGACCUUGUUGCUGCCGCUGGGCGCCCAGAUCGGCAUGUUGAUUGCAAAGGCCCAAGCGUCUUGGGCUUUGCCAAGAGCAGGCAAGCACGUCCCCGGCCAAAGCGAUGUCACAAGGUGCGCCGCCUUUGCUAG